AUGACACGCAAACUCAAGCACCACGAGCAGAAGCUCCUGCGCAAGGUCGACUUCAACACGUACAAGUCGGACAACGACCACCGCGAGACGCUCGUCAUGCGCCGCUACGCCAUCCAGGGCCGCGACGAUUACCGCAAAUACAACCAGCUAUGCGGCUCGCUACGCCAGCUCGCCCACCGCAUCGCAAACCUCGACCCAGCCGACCCCUUCCGCCGCAAGCAGGAGAACCUGCUGCUCGAGAAGCUGUUCGACAUGGGCAUCCUGGGCACCGGUGGCGGCGGCCGCGGCAAGCUGAGCGACAUCGAGCACAAGGUCACCGUCAGCGCCUUUGCACGGCGCCGCCUGCCCGUCGUCAUGGCCCGUCUGCGCAUGAGCGAGCACCUCACCAGCGCCAUCAAGAUGAUCGAGCAGGGCCACGUCAGGGUCGGGACCACCGUCAUCACAGACCCGGCCUAUCUCGUCACGAGGAACAUGGAGGACUUUGUCACCUGGGUCGACUCGUCCAAGAUCAAGCGCAACAUCAUGAAGUACCGCGACAAGCUCGACGACUUCGAGCUCGAGGCCUUGUAA